AGAUAAAGUACAAAAUGAAGUUGUGUGUUGCCUGGUGACGAGGCAGUAUAUUUCCUGUGUAUGUUGAUGAUGUAAACAGCUAGACGAACUUCGAAAUCUUUACGCGUUUGAAACAUCACGUUAUUCAUAUCUAGUGAGCUUGCGGUGAUCAAACAAGAUGUUAAAAAUCAAAUAAGUCGGGCGUCACAUGAUGGAUAAUUACAUUUUCGUCAGGGUUGUUGGAAAAGGGAGCUAUGGAGAGGUGAAUCUUGUGAAGCACAAAACAGAUCGAAAACAGUAUGUCACAAAGAAGUUGAACUUGAAAACGUCCUCCAAGCGUGAGAGGAAGUCGGCUGAACAGGAGGCUCAGCUUCUCUCCCAGAUUCGUCAUCCCAACAUUGUGACAUACAGGGAAUCAUGGGAAGGAGAUGAUUGUCAGCUCUAUAUCGUCAUGGGCUACUGUGAAGGAGGAGACUUAUACCACCGGCUCAAGCAACAGAAAGGCGAGCUCCUACCUGAGAGACAGGUGGUAGAGUGGUUUGUCCAAAUCGCCAUGGCUCUCCAGUAUCUGCAUGAAAAGCAUAUAUUGCACAGAGACCUGAAGACCCAGAACAUCUUCCUGACCAAGACAAACAUAAUCAAAGUAGGUGACCUGGGCAUCGCCAAGGUUCUGGAGAAUCAGAACGACAUGGCGAGCACUCUCAUAGGAACCCCGUACUACAUGAGUCCUGAGCUCUUCUCCAACAAGCCUUAUAACCACAAGUCAGAUGUGUGGGCUCUUGGUUGCUGUGUGUAUGAGAUGUCCACUCUGAAGCACGCUUUCAACGCUAAAGACAUGAACUCACUUGCAUAUCGCAUUGUAGAAGGGAAGCUUCCACAGAUGCCCAGUAAGUACAACCCUCAGCUGGGAGAGCUCAUCAAGGGGAUGCUGUGCAAAAGGCCAGAGGAUCGGCCUGACGUCAAACAGAUCCUCCGGCAGCCCUACAUCAAGCAGCAGAUCGCCAUGUUCCUGGAGGCUACCAAAGAGAAAGCUGCCAAAUCCAGAAAUAAAGCCAUCAAGAACAAGCCCAACAGUGCUGGGUCUGUGAGCACAGGUCCUGCCAUGAAUGAUCUCCCAGCAGCACUACCCCAGACCAAGUGCAACAAAAGAGGAAGAAAGAGUGAAGAGAACAACCCACCACAACACAGCUCACAUGUAUCCAACGGUAUACAAGAGAACGCCCCAUCAAAAAUGCCUCUACCACCAAAAUCUCCGACACAGGAUAUCCUGAACACAACAGGACAGUCUCUAGCAACCAUCAGUAAUAUUGACAUUGCUAUGCAACCAUUGGAGGUUGAGGAGCCAAAGCCCCGCAAAUUGAGGAUGCCUAAGUCAGUGCCUGAUCAAAAGUCUAAUGAUGGCCUCAACCAGAAGGCUACAGUUAGUAAGAGGACCCCGAAACACGAUCCCUCUGCCCCACAGCCCCACCCACGUAAGCUGUCACAGGACCUCUCUGAGCAGGAGGAAAGGAGGAUAUCAAAUGGACCUAUAUCACAAUGGCCGUCCUCCAACAUCAUCCCAGUAUCUGUAAACAGACUCAAGCCCUCAGUGGAAAUACAGCCGCCUGCAACUGAUAUGGACAGUAGAGAGGACACUAUAAAAUUACUCCAGGAAGCUGCGAUGAACGUUCCAACAACAGCUCCUCGAAGAAUAUCAGGUCUUGAUCAGCAUAAGCCUGGACCAGUAGCAGAUGUCUUAGGGCAACACAAGAGCCCUUCUCCCCCUGCCAUCCAGGACAUCAAAGAUGACACAAUGACACUUCUCAAAGAGGGUUCCCACCUCAGAUGUGUUGAAGAAGUUCAAGAGAGCUUAGAAUCAACAGAAAAGCUGCUAGAGGCCUUUGUUCCAGUGCCAGUAAUGCAGGAGCCUCCAAAACCCGCAGCUCCACCACCUGUCCCUGAGCGGGAGCGUCAUGUUCUUCAUCAUCCCACGUCUUCCCCCGAGCCCUCCAACCCGAGGCAGCGGCGGCAGAGGAUCCGGGAGAAUGGCCUGGAGGGUCCGCAGAAGGAUAAAAAAGCUCCAAGACCCCUACCACCCCUACCGGUGGAGGCCUUCGGUGCUCCUUUAAUGAUGAAAGACAGAGGCCCACCUGAGACUGAGUCUUGCCAGAAGGACAGAGUCACACCAGUCCCACAGGAUCGCCCAUUGUCAGCGCGAGAGAGGAGAAGACUGAGGCAAUCACAGGAACAUCUGCAUCAGCCAGUUGCACCUGCGGUUAGAAGGGCAUCAUAUGAUGUGGCUUUGCUGAGCUGUAAACAAUCAGACCAACCAGACUACCACAGGGCGAUCAGUGUAUCCAUGGAAACAAGCAAGGACAGGCACUCGUGGCGGCGCUCAGACGAAGAGGAGUGCAGCUCCUCCACCAGUUCUACCGAGCGCUCUGAGGGAGACGGCAGGGAGGGGAAAAAUGAAUCCUGUGAAAUACAGGACUUGGUUCAGAUGAUGACACAAACUUUACGAAUGGAUAGUAAAGAUGCUGCCUGUGAAUCAGACGGAACUAGAUCAGGCUCUAAAGCCCAGUCUGAGUUUAAGCUAAAUCGGAAAUAUAAAGACACCCUGGUCCUCCAUGGGAAAGCCAUAGAGGUGCAGGAUGACUUCCUGCUCAACGAUUUCUGUGCAGGUGACACAUCUGGUCCCGCCAAGAUUAGGAGAGCUGUGGAACAGUUGCGGACUGACGUGGUGAAAGGUCUAGGGGUGAAGCUGCUGGACAGAGUCCUGGACAUCAUGCUGGAGGAGGACGAGGAGAGAAGGGAGCAACGUCUAAUGGAAGAAAUGGGAGACGAGAAAUACAAGUCUUACGCCGUGAUGGUUCACCAGCUGAAGUUCUUUGAGGAUGUUGCAUUUAAAACUUAGAAUUUUGUAAGGGACAACCUGUCAACUGCUGAUACAAGAGGUCAUUCUGACCGCAAUCAUUUUUCUAGUCUGUUACAGACAAUCACUGUCCUGCAUGUUAGGAACACAUUUCUUGUAGAGGUACAAUUGUUUCUCUUUGGUGAUAAGAAUGUUCUUGACAGAAUGCAAGUUUUCAUUCAUAUUGGAUAUGCAAUUACAGCACUCUGGCAUACUGUUGUUUUUAUACACUUAAUGUGAAUUAAUGUUUUUAGUAGAUAAUGAUGAUGGCAUAUAUGGUGUGUAAAAAAAAAAAAAAAAAAUGAAACAAUGUUAAAUUGUAGUUAUACUAAAAUCUAGGAAAUCCUGAAAGUAAUCUAUCUUGUGUGUAAAUAGAGUCUGUAGAUGUUAUAUUUAAAUUGAAUUUAUAAAUAAAUCCCUUUAAAGAUACUUUGGAGAGCA